AUGUUUUUGAAACGAAGACAACAACCAGCUUCCGUUCAACCACAAGAAUCAUACCUUUCCGACGAAGACGAGAAGGAAGAUGAUGUUAUUAUUGAACAAACCGAAAAUACUAGUGGAGAGGAAGAAGAGGAUUUUGAAUCGGAAAUGUACGGAGAAGAUGAUCCAUUGACGGAUGAGAAUGAUCAAGAGAGCAGCAACUCGGAAGACCAUAAUAAUCAUGCCAAUUUGUCUUCGGAAGAUGAAGAGGAUGAAAAAACAUUAUCUUUUGCCGAAAGAUUGGCUCUAAGUAAAUUGAAAGCUAAUAAUAACAGCAAACAACAGAAUAAUAUUCAUAGUACAAGAAAAUCAUCAAAUUUUUUGAACUCUUCGGAAGAUGAACAACAAUUUAAGAGAAGAAAACGAAAAGAAAAAAUCACAAAAGAUCCUCCAAUCAUUGAGAAAAAGAAUAAGAAUGCUCCAAAAGAAGUGAGUGCAAAAAUCAAACCAAGUACUAUACCAGACAUUGCUUCUCGAUUGGGAUUUGUGAAAAAGAAGAGUCAUGAUCCUAGAUUUGACCCUAAAGCAUCUAGUAAUAUUGACCAUGAAGGAUUUAAACAAUUUUCAAGAAACUAUGCACAUGUUUUUGAGAAAUUAAAAGACGACAUUGAAGAAUUAAAGGAGCAGCUGAGAGACAAGACUCUGUCACAACAAGAAAAACUCGAAAUUCAAAGAGAAAUUUCCAAAUUACAAACUCGUAACAAAAAGAUUGAAUCACAAAAAGCAGCUUCAGAAGUGAGAGACCAAUUCUAUCAACGAGAAAAGAAAUUAAUAGCAGAGAAGGGAAAGAAAGCCUUCUUCUUAAAAGACUCGGAUGUGAAAAAGAUUCUCAAGCAACGAAAAAUGGAUACUCUCAAAAAGUCAGGCAAGAUGAACAAGUAUCUCAAAAAGACCAAAAGAAAGGACAAGAGCAAAGUUUCCUCUCUCAUGCCAACGACACGUGCUUCACAUGAAUAA